AUGCCGUCAGUCAAGCUCGUCAUCUUUGACUUCGAAGGCACCCUGUUCGACACGCAGAGGUCCAUCUCGCACUGCAUCAAGCUCACAUUUGAUGCGUUGCUCCCCUCUAAGGCGCCCUCUGAGCCCAAGGUGCAUCGGCUCAUAUCUAGCGGGGCUGGUCUGAUGCAGACUUUCAAAUCGCUUCACCCCGACCCAUCAUCUUUGGACGAGGAGAAAUGGACGGCGACUUAUCGUGCGAUAUACGCUAAGCAUGGGCAGCCCCUGAUUGCGGCAUUCACUGGCACAAAGGAGCUUCUCACGGCGCUAAGGCAGCGAGGAAUCCUGGCUGCAAUCAUAAGCAACAAAGGCGUGGCGGCCGUUUCGACGGCGCUCAAGAACAACGGCAUGGAAAACUCCAUUCCCGAAGAUCUGAUUAUCGGCGACAAAACACCAGGUGCGACGCGGAAACCGGAUUCUGGAAGCUACGUCAAUGUGCUGCUGCCAGCCCUUAAAGCAAGGGGUCAUGGUGAUUUCGAUCCUGCAUCGGUGCUGGUCGUAGGCGACACAAUGACGGAUAUCAAGUUUGCGGCGAAUAUCAGAGCUAGGUCUGUCUGGUGUAGGUACGGCUAUGGAAAUAGAGUCGAAUGCGAGAAGUUAAUCCCAAAUUUUGCUGUAAGCUCCCUGAAAGGGGUGAUCACAAUACUCGAUUUGGAAAACGACGAGCCGCCUAGAAGUGCGUGA